GUGAUAAGUGAAUUUUGUUUCUUAUUAUAUUUUAUGUGCAGUUUUUUAGGGCUUUUAUGUUUUCUGUAAAGAUUGGUAUGCUGAAAAUCAUUUAAUGUUUUGCAUAAAGCAUGAGGUUUUGGUUAGUAAUCGAUUGGGAGAAUAACAAAUGACUGAUUUGGAUAGUGUUGAUCAGGCAGAGCUUUGUUGCAUAAUGGCUUCAAACACGUAUAUAAUAGUUAGUUUUUACGUAAACCAUUGGAUGAAAUUACACAAACUGACUGAGCUCUAGUUAAGGCGCUUGCAAUAGUUUGUGUAUGUGUUUGUGCGUGCGUGUGUGUGUGUGUGUUUGGGGGAGGGUACAUUGGAACCCCCCAGUUUGAAAAUCCUAUCUGCGCCCCUGCUCCUACCCAGGCCCAACAUUCCAAUUGGUCUCGACCUGCAAGGACUUCUCAUUCGUGUGUGUGUUAUUUCCAUCAGUCUGUGUGUGGCAGUGUUGUGCCACUUGUAGGUCAGUCAGACAGAUGCAGUUGUUGUCAGAGAGGCCACUCAGUGCCCAGGUCAUGGAGGAUAAAGGUUUUCCUGUGUGUGUGUGUGUGUGUGUGUGUGUGUGUGUGUGUGUGUGUGUGUGUGUGUGUGUGUGUGUGUGUGUGUGUGUGUGUGUGUGUGUGUGCGCGUACUCUUUUGGAUAGCUGGCAUUAGGGCUGUGGAACUUGACACAAUAGACCUAUUGUUAAGACCAGGCGGAGGCAGUGAUGUUUGGAAAGUGCACACAUCCAAUAGAUGGAUGAACCAGAUCUUCUCCGCUGUUCCUGAACUUUUAACCUGGGUUCAUCAUCCUGAUGAGUUUGAGAACACUGAUCGAGGUCAUCUCAGUUGAACCAGGAUUUGGAGACAACAAUAGUGAGAGAAGGGAAGUAGGAAAGCACGCCCGGACUUUGUGGAAUUUUAAACAACAUUGGGAACAGAAUAAUGCCCUCCUUCUACUAAACAAAUCCCAACAUGUUUUUAGUGUUUAACAUUUAUUUUUAUGCAUAGUGCAGACCCUGCACCGAUCCUGAGAAGCUGUGUUUUGCAGCACACAGAGACACAACCAGACUAAAGCAACAGAAACACACACGGACAGCAGCUAACGCUACUUUGUCAACUUACAAGAAGUGAAUCAUGAAUGAGGGAGGGAGAGACUGGCCAGAGUGCAGAGGGAUCCAGCAGGAGGUGACGUCACAAGUCACACACUCCUCCCUCUUUUCCUCCUAGAGGGUGGGAGCGAUCUGGGAAGAAAGACGGGACAGAAGGGUGGUGGUAAAUGGGCCACGCAGCAGACUCUUUCUUGUUGAUCAGGAAGUGGGAGAAUAUGUCAGGAUCUGGUUGAAAACUGACAAUAAGGCAGAAGCAGAUACAGGAAAGAGGAAGCUGGACACAGAGCGGAGUGAGGAGGAGCGAUUAGGGAGAUUGGGGGAUAUUUUCCUUCAGAAGGACCCAGGAGUUUCAGGAACCAAGCUAACCCUGUCUCAGUGUCACGGCGUCCACUUCACCGCUGCGGGGACAAGAUGAACUAUCUGAACGUCUUGGCCAAGGCAUUGUAUGACAACUUGGCAGAGUCUCCAGAUGAGCUUUCAUUUCGUAAAGGAGACAUCAUGACGGUGUUGGAGCGUGACACCCAGGGUUUGGAUGGAUGGUGGCUCUGCUCGCUCCAUGGCCGCCAGGGCAUCGUCCCAGGGAAUCGUCUGAAGAUCCUUGUUGGCAUGUAUGACAGUAAGCAGCAGCAACAAGGCACACAGUCCUCACCAGAUGCAGCUGUUUCCUGUCCCACCCCCCAGUUGCAGCGACCCCUCCCUGCUCACAGCACCUAUGCUAAACCAAGCCCUGCUAUCCCUGGGAAAGGAGAGUGUAUAAAUAAGUCCUCUCUUCAGUACACAUCCAUGCACCCAGCCUACUCCAUUCCCAGCUCGGUGCAGCCCAGCUCUGACUCUGUUUACAUGAUGCCCCCCUCCCACGGUCCCAAGCUGAGUCCCCAAAAUCUGUAUCACCUUACUUCUGGUCAAAGUGGACCAUCUGUACAAGCCCAACCAGGACCACCUAGCAAGAUGUCAACUGUUGGCCAAAGAAAGUUGCAGGACAUAUACCAGGUGCCCCCUUCUGUUGGUCCUGGGCCAGGCCAGACAGGUGGGAGUGCAGCAGCUGGCCAGGAUAUCUACCAGGUGCCCCCCUCACUGGAUAAGAGGACUUGGGAGAGCAGCAGCAAGCCUCUCAGUAAGGUGGUGGUUCCUACUCGUGUUGGGCAGAUUUAUAUCUACGACACAGUGAAACCAGACCAGGAUGAGUAUGACGUCCUGCCCAGACACCAGCCUCCAGUCCAGCAGGAUAUAUACGAUGUGCCCCCCACCCGCCAGCAGCACCCCUCCCAGGUGUGUGACACUCCUUCCACGGUGGCAAAGGGGCCCUCUAGUGGUCAAGACAUAUAUGACACCCCGGCACCGUCAGACAAGAACCAACAUACUGUCUACGACUUCCCCCCCUCUGUGAGCAAAGAUGUUCCCAACGCCGCCCCGUUCAGAGAGGAGACGUAUGAUGUCCCACCUCACUUUGCUAAACUGAAGGCCAAAGUUACUCUUCCUUCCAGCCAGUACCUCCAUAACAAUGUUGGUGAAGAUGACGAUGACCCACCCAUAACGGAGGAUGUUUAUGAUGUCCCGCCCUCUAUCCCGACUGAAAAGCACUAUCCAGGAGACAGGGGCACAGUCAGCCAGCCCCCCCAGGAGAUUUAUGACAUCCCAGCCAUCCUGCGUGCUGGAAGUCACACUAACCAAGAUGUCUACGACUUCCCACGGGAACGGGAGGACAGAGGAGAGAGAGGAGACCAGUACAUCUAUGAUGUCCCACCACAGGUUGUUCGUGAUGCUCAGUCAGCUGAUAAGGAGCUGUCCAUUCCCUUUAAACGUGCUUCAAGCACAGGAAGCAUACGGAGCAACCACUCGUCUUCAUCCUUAGACAUGGUCCCUGUUCGAGACACCUCCUCAGUUCCUGACUCUGUUCCAGGGAAGCCCCUCAUCUUGGACCUUGACCAGGCCAUGGAGCGUUUGUCUGGCCUCCAGCAAGCUGUUGAGUCGAGCGUUUCCCUCAUGAUGUCAUUCAUCACAGGCAACUGGAGAAGUCCUGCUCACCUGGAAGAGAACGUUGCUGCCAUUCAUCUGGCGGCUGACCGAGUGCACGCCACUGUACGAGACUUUCUGGAGUUUGCACGAGGAGCUGUUGCUAAUGCUGCCCAGGCCACAGACCGCUCACUGCAGACCAAACUUGGCCGGCAGGUGGGGAAGAUGGAGCAGGUCUUCCAGAGUCUGAUUCAGCACAAUCGGAGCUUAGACAGCAUUUCCUGGUCACACACAGCACUCUCCUCUCCACCACCAGGAGGAGAUGACUUAGAUCAGCUGAUCAUGACAGCAAGAGGCAUCCCUGAUGACACCAAACAGCUUGCCUCUUUUCUCCAUGGUAAUGCCUCAUUGCUUUUUAGAAGGACAGUUCGGCAGCAGCAGCUGCCCCUUCCUCCAGUCCCAGGGGAGAUCAGUGGUCACAUGUCAGGAUCAGGAAGUGGAACCUACCAGGGAGGCGAGAGAGUGCACAUUCAGUCACGGCCGCUACCCUCUCCACCCAGGUUUACAGCAACAGAGGAGCAGGAAGACGUGGAGCGGCCCUACGAAGCCAGCGAGCAAGGCUGGAUGGAGGACUACGACUACGUUCAUCUGCAGGGGAAGGAUGAGUUUGAGAAGAACCAGAGAGAGCUGCUGGAGAAAGGCAAUAUCAUCAGACACAACAAAACACACCUGGAACAGCAGCAGAUUAAACAGUUUGAGCGGCUGGAGCAGGAAGUCAGCAGGCCAAUUAACAACGACAUAACGGGCUGGGUCCCAUCUCCGCACCACCCUCUGGCCAGCCCGCUUUCCAAAAGCAGCACCGGAGACCCCUCGUCCUCCAAGCUGUGCCACGGGGACCGCCAGCUCCUGUUGUUCUACCAGGAGCAAUGCGAGCAGAACAUCACCACGGUGACCAACGCCAUCGAUGCCUUCUUCACCGCUGUCAACUCCAACCAGCCGCCAAAGAUAUUUGUGGCUCACAGCAAAUUUGUGAUUCUGAGCGCGCACAAGCUGGUGUUCAUAGGUGACACGCUAUCACGCCAGGCCAAGUCUCCAGAGGUGAGAGCCCGGGUGUCUCAGAGCAGCAACAGCCUGUGUGAGAAACUCAAAGACAUUGUAAUCAGUACGAAGACGGCGGCGCUGCAGUAUCCUUCCCCCGGAGCAGCCAGAGAGAUGACGGAGAGGGUGAAGGAGCUGGCGGGGUUCACACAACAGUUCAGGAUGGUCCUGGGGCAGUUACUACUGGUGUAAGGGGGUGGGGGGGUUACAGAGUCCCAGAGACAGAGAGGUGGCGCUGGGUCGUGGCUUUCAUCAGUCUCUAGUGGUCCGUUCUGCGGGAGCCCGAGUCCUGAACACCUGGGGCCGGGACCGAGCGUCCACUCAGCAACAUGAGGGAAACGCGACAGACGGGUUGGACCAGUGGCUGUAACGUAAUCUCUGUAAAUAUUUAAGUUACCUGAUAAGUAAGAUAAAUAGAAAAAAAUAAAUCAGUUCCACUAUAUAAAUAAUGUAGUUUUAGACCGUGUCAAUAUUAUUAAUAAUGCUCUAUGAUAUAAUUAUGGCUGAUUUUGUAUCAUUCUUUGGUAUCGCUGUAAAGUUGGAGCUCCUCUGAUGUCGUCACAGCCCCACGUGAACUGGUCCCAGCACUCCCAUUACUGCAGGCGCGGUGGUGAUGAAACUCCAUCCAUGUUGUUUUGUUAAAGGCAUGUAGUACGCAACGAUGUAACAGCAAACGUUUGACAAAACCAAGUAAAUCUGCAUUUUGUUUUUA